UUUAUGGCCUGGUCACAGGUCUAGAAACCGAGAUGGCAGAUGAGGUUGACCAGUAAAGAAACAUCAAGUGGCGUCAAUCUUGCUAAAGUAGUCUGGAAAUGAUGUGCCUUUGUGGUUUGCCUCUUGCCGGAAAUGAGUCUCAUUUGAUCCCUCCCACCAGAGGCUUACAACAGCGAAACCUGAGUGAAAUUUACGCAGCUCUUCACAUCAACAUGAACAAAUCAUUAAUGUUUCUUCUUAAAUAACUUCAGAAGAUCACUUUUGUGAGAAGACCAUGGGUGAAGAGGAAGAGGUGCCCUUGAUGAAGAGCGAACGGGCUGGCAGUCAGAAGUCCAGCUAUGACUCUGCCCUGCAGGUGCACCUGUACUACAGCCCCAGCUUAAAUUCAGAGACCACCUUAACUAUCCCCACCGGACACAUCACAGCGGAAAGCGUGUGUGUGCUUGCUGCUAAUGCCAGCGGAAUUCGCCCUGUGUUCCACAACCUGUUUGCUUUGGGAUCAGAGGACCUUUCAUACUGGUAUCCACCAACUCAUGUGUUUAAGAGCGAGGAGAACGUCAAAGUUCACUACAGAGUGAGGUUUUUCUUCUCAAGCUGGUUUGGUCAAGGGUCCAAAGCAUCGUACCGCUUUAGCCUCAGGAGAGGACGAAUCUGUGCUGUACUGGACUACUGCGUCAUUGACUAUCUUUUUGCUCAGUCCCGCAGUGAUUUUGUCUCUGGAUGUGGCGGGAUUUCACCUGCUUUGAGUUUGCAGCAGGAAUGCUUGGGAAUGGCAGUGCUGGAUCUGUGGCGUAUGGCAAAAGAGAGAAACCAGAGCCUUGGUGAGAUCUGCAAUACAACAAGCUACAAGUCCUGCCUCCCAGAGACCCACAGACAAGAUAUACAACGUAUGAGCCGCCUAGCGCGAUAUCAAAUCCGAAAAACACUGAAGCGUUUCCUAAAGAAGCUUGGUAAAUGCCCGGCUGGUGAACGCAACCUGAAGCUGAAGUACCUAAUGGAGCUGAGUGUGUUGGAGCCGAAUUAUGGUUCAGAAAGCUUCACUUUCCAUCACUCUGGAUGGUUAGAGCAGAGCGAGCAGCAGAGGGUCAAAGCCAUGCGAGUGUCUGGAGAAGGAGGGAUUCAGAUACAGACCAAAGAGAGCCAGGAAUGGCAGACAUUUUGUGACUUCCCCCAGAUCACCGACAUUAGUAUUAAGCGUCUUUCUCAAGAGCAGAUGCCCCUGGAAGGAAGGGUGGUCACUCUUACACGCCAGGACGACCAGUGCAUGGAGGCUGAGUUCCACACCCUAACUGAGGCUCUUUCCUUUGUCUCUCUGGUUGAUGGAUAUUUUAGAUUGACUACAGAUUCGACUCACUAUUUCUGUGCAGAAGUGGCCCCGCCAAGCUUGCUAGAGGACAUACAUAAUUACUGCCACGGCCCGAUCACGUCAGAAUUUGCAGUGCACAAACUUAAGAAAGCUGGAGCCAAAAAUGGGAUGUUCCUGUUACGUCACAGUCCCAAGGACUUUGACAAGUACUUCCUCACUGUUUGCAUACAGACUCCUUUAGGGAUGGACUACAAGGACUGUCUGAUAGAGAAAAAUGAGAAGUUUAUCCUGGCUGGGAUCCACAACUCAUUCUGUAGUCUUAAACAGCUUACAGACUUCUAUCAGCACAGCACGCUUCUCAUGUCAGACAUCCCCGUCACGCUGGGAAAGUGCUGCCCACCCAGACCAAAAGAACUUACCAACAUGAUCAUCCUUCGUAACAGCAGUAUGACUGAGAUGCCCAGUUCCCCCAUGUUACAGAGGCACAAACCAAGCCACAUGCAGUUCCACAUGAUUAAACAUGAGGACCUCACCUGGAGCGAAAGCUUAGGUCAAGGUUCCUUCACGCAUAUCUUUAGAGGCAGUAAGACAGACCAGCGAGACGGAGUGACACACUCCACAGAGGUUCUUCUGAAGGUCCUGGAUGCAAAUCAUAAAAACUGCUGGGAGUCGUUUUUUGAGGCGGCCAGUUUGAUGAGUCAAAUUUCCCACAAGCACCUUCUCCUGGUAUAUGGCAUCAGUGUGCACAAAUCCAAAAACAUCAUGGUGCAGGAGUUUGUGAAGCAUGGUGCACUGGACCUGUAUCUAAAGAAGAGCACGUCUGUGUCAGUCAGCUGGAAAUUAGACGUGGCCAAACAACUGGCCUGUGCUCUCAACUUCCUGGAGGAGAAGAAUAUUGCACAUGGGAAUAUUUGUGCAAAAAAUCUGCUGUUGGCCAGAGAGGGAGACCCUUCCACUGAUAACUCGCCCUUCAUUAAACUUAGUGACCCUGGUAUCAGCAUGGCCUUGCUGGGCAAAGACGUGGUGUUAGACAGAAUCCCGUGGGUGGCCCCGGAGGUUCUGGAUACACUUGAGAUUGAACUGGAGUGUGACAAGUGGAGUUUUGGGUCAACACUGUGGGAGAUUUUCAACAAUGGAGAAGCUCCGUUGCAAGGCCUGGACCCCAUACAUAAGCAGCAGUUUUAUGAGCACUUCUCAAACCUGCCUGCUCUGGAGUGGACUGAGCUGGCCGACCUGAUCUCUCAGUGCAUGCAGUACCAGCCUGAGCUCAGACCGUCCUGCCGAAGCAUUAUCCGCCAACUUAACAGCCUCAUCACUUCAGAUUAUGAGAUUCUUCAUGCGAGUGACACACUUCCCAAGAGUGAUGGCUUCUGGAGAAGAACGAACAUGUUCAAAAAGCAACAACAGGAUGUUUUUGAGGAGAGAUACCUGCGAUUCAUCUCUAUCCUGGGAAAGGGUAACUUUGGCAGUGUCGAGCUUUGUCGUUAUGAUCCGUGGGGUGAUAACACUGGAGAUCUGGUAGCUGUCAAGGAACUUCAGUCAGACAAAAAGGCAAACAUGGCAGACUUCCAGAGAGAGAUCCAGACCAUCAGCUCCCUGCACUGUGACUAUAUUGUCAAAUACAAGGGCAUCUGCUACAGCGCAGGCCGACUCAGCACAAAACUGGUGAUGGAAUAUCUUCCAUUCGGCAGUCUGAUUGGAUAUAUGGAGAAGCACAGACAGAACGUGUGCACCCGAAGACUGUUGCUCUUUGCCUCGCAGAUCUGUAAGGGUAUGGAGUACUUGCAAAACAUGCGUUAUGUUCACCGUGAUCUAGCUGCUCGCAAUAUCCUAGUCGCCAGUGACACUCUGGUGAAAAUUGCUGACUUUGGGCUUACGAAGAUCAUCCCAGUGGAUAAAGAGUACUACCGUGUCACGCAGCCAGGAGAAAGCCCUAUUUUCUGGUAUGCACCGGAAUCCAUUUCAGAAUUGAAAUUCUCCCACAAGUCAGACGUAUGGAGUUUCGGCAUUGUUCUACAUGAGCUCUUCUCUUACUGCGACAUCAGUCGAAACCCCAAAAGAUUGAGUAUCCAGAAGAUAGGAAGUUAUGUCCAGAGUCCGUCCAUGGCUAUCCAUCUUCUUAAUCUUCUCAAGGAUAACUGGAGGCUACCAAUGCCAUCUCAGUGUCCACCAAAGGUGCACAGUAUUAUGAUGCAGUGCUGGGAGUUCAACAGCGAGGACAGACCAAGCUUCUCCUCUCUACAGGACAUGUUUGAAAAUAGCCUGUUAGACGAGAGAGAGGGCUGUAAGGGGUAAAAUCAGAGUUACCCUAAACAGAUCACUGUAUUUUCAACAUAUAUGUAUAUUUGAUAUACAAUUGAGUACUUUAGGACAUAUUCUUACAGUAGCUUUUUAAGUGUUUUGUUUCCUUUCAAAACAGUAGAUCAGCUUGUAUAUUCACAGUUAAGUUUCCCAUAUAUUUACAGAGCUAGCAUUACCUGUUUAAUUGUAUUCCUUAAUAAAAUGCAUAGGAGUUUAUCUGUUUGACUCGCAAAGAUAUAGUCAAAAUCAGGGCCGUCGCUGGGAAUACUGGGCCCUGUGCACUGAAUUUGCUAUUUAUGAGUUGUGAUUGUAAAAUGUAAAAUAACGUUCAGGGGUGUAGGUUAAAAUUUGGCCCUGGACAAAUUGAGCCCAUCUGGCCCACAAAUUCCCCUUUGAAAGUUUUGAUGGCUCAUAAGGCCAUAGAUAUAUGAUCUAUAGAUAGAUAUUCCUGAAUUCACGACAAAUGCAACUAACUUAAUAAUGCAUUUUUAUCACAUAGAAAAGCACUUGACAGUAAAGCACUGAUUUUGAGCUCGACUGCUGGAAAGUUAAUGCUAAUAACUUCUGUCAUCAUUUCCUCACCUUCAUGUUGUUCCAAACGACUUUCUUCUACACAAAAGAAGAUUUUGUAGAACAUUACCAAACCCUUUUGGUUACUCUUGAUUUCUACUGUAUGGACAAACAUUUCUUGAAUUUCUCAAAUUAUGUUCUACAGAAGAAAGAAAUUCAUACACGUUUGGAAUGACAUGAUGUUGAAUAAAUGAUGACAAUUUUAAAAUUUGGGUGAAUCAGCCUUUAAGAACUUCAGGGGCACCGCUAGUAAUUUUGGGCCCUAUGAAAGAAAAUGAGGUUGGGCCCCCUACCGCAUGCAUUCCACACAAAACAAACAAGCCAACCUAGUUAUCAAAAAUAUUUGUCUGCAAUUUAAUAAUACUGACGUAUUGCUUUUGCUGUUGCUUUUGACCACUAGAUAUCAGUAUCUAGUCAGAGACCUACCCAUAGCCGGGGAAUAUAUUUUAUCUGGGGGUGGGGCUUGAUGUUUUAAUGCAGGCCUGCUGUGGGUGAUUUUAAACAAAAUCCUAAUAUUAAACAGCCCAAACACUUACAGAUGAGCAUACAAAUGAAUGAAGACAGUGUUAUAUAAGAAUGAAUAUAUAUUUGUGCUUUUGUGAAUUUUUUUUUCUUUAAUAUUUGUAUUAUUUUAAGGAGAUUGUACUGAAUAUUAACCUCUAAAUUAUGCAGCAUUUAUCUUCUGCAAUAUCAGGGUGUAACCUCUAGAUGGCUGUAUAGCCCUAUAUGUAAAUACAUAUAAAUCCAUAUAAAUCGUUGCAGAGUGAGAACUUAAGACAUAAAGCACGUUACUUGUAUCUGGUUAUUCAUUUAUAUAUUUUACUACAUUUAAUAAAAGUUUAAAUUUAAA